GAAAGCCAGCCAAAAUUUCAUGCGAAAGAAAGACGAUAAAGUAGGUAACAAAACUGGCUAUAAAAGGAAAGACAAAAGGAAAAAGAAAAGAGCGAGAAAAAAAAAUCGAAAUAAAAUAGCAAAAUAGCUGCUUAAUUACAUCCAAUUAGCAGAAAAUUAUGUCCUAAGUGUUGGAAUUUUUUUUUUUUAGCCAUUCCUUGACUGGCCGAAAAACGGUUCAAAAAGGAGGAUUUGGUCCAAAAUGCAGUUUUUUCCCUAAAAACUGGCUGAAGGCAAAGGGUUAAAACUAAACUAGCUAGCAAGAACAAAAACAAGCGUUUCGCGAUUACAAAGAUAAAUACGAUUAUCAUUGCCAACACAGUGCUCCGCACUAUGAAGCCACUGGGUAGUGUUGCAAACGUCAAAUCACUUUUUUUUUGUACAGUUCGAAUAAACUUUGUCAUUUCACGUAGGCUUUUCAAUUUUUUUCUGCUACAUUCUAAAUAAGAAACAAUUUUAAAAGGGACCUACAAGAGAGUGUUAUCUUCACUUGUGACCUGUCAAUGGGCGUGAAUAAGAAUUUUUAAAUACCGGUAAAAGAAUGAACAUCCUUAAUGGACUUUCUCAUGAAAUAUUUGACAUGGACAUGAAUCAAUCGAAAAUGCUUCCACAAAAGUGGAAGCUAUUCUCCUUUUAUGCCGAGCGCAUUCAAAGUAUAAGUUAUCAAAAAAGUAAAACUAAAUGUCAUUAAUAGGCAAAAAAUAUCAUUUUCACGUCUGUGGGUUUUGCUGGCUACUUCGUAGAGCUUAACGUUCCGGGUUAUGGGCUUCUGUCGCUGUUAUGUUCCCUGCUAAAAUCAUUGGACAAAAAAAAUAAGAUCUCCUUAGUUGCUAUAAAAACACCAAAUUCAGAUUAAGUUUGCCAGCAGGUCAAAUUAAAUUCCUCUUCUAAAUUGAACAGCACUUUACGUCUGCUUAUCGACAAAUUUAAUUUAAAUUAAAUCCGUCUGAAUUAAAUUCGACGUAAACUAGAGCUGAGCUUCUAGAGAAAUGCAUGCAAAAGCAAGAAGACCAAAGUUCGAUGUAGCCAGACAUUAUUUGUACUUAAUAAGUUAAAACUAUUGCUGUUGAAUUGAAUAAAAUAAAUAUUAAUGCCGGUUUUUACGACAAAAGUUUGCUAGUGAGUUUAUAUUGUCGCGAAUUGGUGACUCUGAAGACCUGUAAAGAGAUUCAAAAGGCGACGUUUUUGUACUAAAAUAGGCUUCGUCAGAGCUAGUGUCCGCUGGAAAUUAAAAACCAUCUAGAGUUAACGGAGUGUGCCACCAGUAUUUCCAUUUCCGCUAUGGAUUCACUCCCAUCGUCAAAUAUUUCAAACGUAAGAAAGUUCCAUUAAGGAUAAUUAUUUAUUUAUUUAUUUAAUUGUUCACGCCUAUUGUCAUGCAGGUUACUUAAUUGUUUCUUGUUUGGAACAUGGCAUGUAAAAAAUUUCAACUGAAUUUGUUAAGGUCUGCGCAAAUCUGUGAAAACAAAGAUUAUAUAGAUCUUUUGUUUUUCCCUUCCCUAACUACACAUCACUAGAGGUCUUUAGAAGCAAUCCUUCAUUCCAAAUCGGGGUCCUCUUCCAUACUUACACCAUCACGAGCCUUUUAUUGAUUUUGUGAUCCAUGUGCUCUCAAAACAUUCGUCCGCGCCUGAGGUAUUAAGUGGAUUUUAUACCCGCAGCAUAAGGACUGACUUUUUCCGAAGGUAAACUACUCCGAAUAGAAAACGAACUAGUAGUGGGUGCAUAAAGGAUAAACGAUUUUGAUUAAGAGGGAUGCAAAAUUCCCAUCAUUAUUUAUAUAAAUUUUGACAACGUUUAAACGGAGCUUUAGGUAACGCUUCUUCCAACAACAAUGCAACGUUUGUCGAUUUUCAUUGUGUCUCAUCAGGAGAGUCAAUAGACCUUAAAAGCUAUCCUUUUUUGUUAAAAAAAGGGCAUAGAAUAGUUUUGAAAAAAAAACCAACAAAACCGACAACAACAACAACGAGUAGUAAAAUCGAGUCUGUUGAUUUCUCUCAUGGCUUGAAAACUUCACAUUUUUUGCAAUGUCCUUUAAUUUGAGAAACACUUCAGUGACCUGGAAAGAGGCGUAAACAAUUGAAUAGAUAAACACCUUUCACUGACAAGUUUUAAUGGCUUCCACUAACAAUUUGACGAUGGGCGCGCGCGUGAAUCCAUAAUGAGUCAGUAUCUUUUUUACCAAAAAAGAGUGAGUGAACGAUGAGUUAGUGAGUGAGUGAGUGAUGUGUGAGUGAGUGAGUAAGUGAGUGAGUGAGUGAGUGGGUGAAAUCACACACUACAUUAACUUUCGCUCACUUUCAAAUUCAAAACGUAAGGUCGCAAAGAGUUCUCUAGCCCUUAUCCUCAGCCGAGCAGUUCUGUCAAACAAGUACAAGAAAUCAAAUGGAGAUAACAGUUUGUGUAUCUUGAAGUAACCAAGGCCCAAGUGGUCCCCUUUUGCAUUAGCUUUCAAUGAACCCAGUUGAAAAAAGCAAACUUUUGCUACAUAAGAAAAAAUCAAAAUUCUCUAAUGAAGGUUUCUUUUGAAUUAUUUAAAAAUGGGCGUGAAUAAUAAAUAGUCCUUAAUGGCAAAAUUCCCCACACGCACCCAUAAAAGUCGAUUUUCCACUUUCACUGUUCAAAUCAUUUUCUACGGUCAGAGCAACAAGUUGAGCAGGUAAGUAAUUGUUGUGAGGUAUUUGCAUGUUGUUUUAGGUUAUUUUAUGUUUCAAGCUCAAGUUCAAGUUUAUUUCGCACUAUUCAAGUUGGUACAGUGUAAGAUGGCUUACAGAAUCAAUAGGUUAACAAAUGAUGAAAAGUAAAUGUAAUAUACAGGUUUGUUAAUAUGUGCACAUUGACCAAAGUUGCCGAAGCUUUCGUAUUGGUCACUGUCCCUUUUAAGUAAAUAGAGCUAGUCCACGAUAUAAGUGUGAGGUAAUAAUAAAUUAGGGUAUAGAGAAUACUUGUGUAUAUAGAAUUUUUUCUAGACUUUUUGAUACAGUGCGAUAAAAUGUUACAUUAAAAUUUAUAAUAAAAAAAGGAGAAAAAAGGAGAAUAAAAUUACCUAAUUAUUUAUUACUAUAUAAUCCUGCGUUUGCACUUGAAGUUUCACACGUGUCUAGAGUUUCGUCAUGAUUAGAUUUGUAGAUCACGGUUACUAAUCCGUCACUUGUAUCGGCAAGUGUUUGAAUUCAAUCUUGGGUGACCGAGUAAGUUAUGCGCAUGUGUUGAGUCCUUUGGAAAGAGUCACUUCGGUGUGGGACCCAGAUCCCAUUAAUGUGUCAAUAUGCAGACCAAAGGCCAAUUUUUCUCCUGCCCAUGUUGUCUCGAACUUUUUUGUUUUCAGUAACGCACUUUGUCUAGAGCGAUAUCUCGAAAAAAGAGUGGAGGGAGGCUGCCUUUCUACGUUAUGAUACUGCAAACAAACUAAUUUCAUGCAAAAUACUCGAGUGAGCAGUUUUAAUGAAAGGUCUUCAUUUCUUCAGUGCUGCUUCCGAAAUGUUCUGUUUUUCAAUUCUCUUGAUACUAUAGCUUCUUUUUCUCAACUUUGAUUCCUUCCGUUUUUUUUCUGGUGAAGAAUUUGUCGCCAAGAAAAUGAUCGUCUCCAAAAUCGGAAUCAAGGAAAUUUUAUGAGUUGUUAUCCCAGUCACAAGACCGGGUUUUUUUUUAAGAUCAAAUUUUAGAUGACCAGGUUUUCCAUAUCUAUAGCAAAGAAACUUGCGUAAAACCUCUCUGGACCGAAACCGUAGAAACCUUUCUUUACUGUGUGCUUAGGCCGCGAAGCUGAACCUCCAGGAUAAUUUUCUGUGAAAUGUUUCAUCUUUUAUUCAUGUACAGUCGACUCCCGAUAACUCGAACCUUCAAGGGAAAUCGAAGUUCGAGUUAUCGGGAGUUCCAAGAAAAUAGCCGAGAGUAAGGUAAAAAACAGUUUUUACUGCACAGUGAACAUUUUAAUCACAUUUAGUUGUAGAAAUGUCAAGUGAAAAUUAAAAGAUACCUUUAGAUUAUAAAUCAGAACGUAACGUAACAAAACAUAGCCUAAAUAGUGCAUGCGUUUUACUGUUUUGAGAAGAAAAGCUGCUUCACGUUAGCCUGUGACAAUCAACAUCAGCCUCCACGAGUAAAUUAUACUCCUACAACACGUCAAUAGGAAAUCCAAAAUUCAAUGUUUCGGACGCCAGCAAGAGAGAAUGAUCUAAAAAUUAAACAACCUGAAACCCUAAUUUAGCCUCCAGAAGAGCUUUACGUUUCAAAAGAGGUCAAAGAAAAUGCUCUUGGAUUAGAGGGCAAAUCUUGCCGACCAAAAUAAACAAUAACCGCAAAAAAUUCAUAUGUGUGUCACGACCUCUCGGUAUGAAACAAACCUUUGAUCGACACAUGUCAAUAAUGUUCGACUAGCCGAGCCAAUCAGGCGUUCCGUUCGCUGGCGAGCGAGAUUUUCAAAAUCCCGGGGUUUGUCUGCAAGAGUUUCCUUCCUUCCCCUCCCCCCUCUUUCAUAUUUUGUUCUCGUGCCAUUUCUCGCGCGGCCAAAACAAAAAAUCCCGUUCCUCGGUCUUUCGUUGCUCCGAAACCAAACAGAAACGCUUGCUACGCAGGCUAUCAUAAUAAUAUCUCUAUGUAAUUUGUUUAAUGUCCGUAAGUAUCUAUUUUUUUGUAAAGAUUGCAAAAAAAAAACGUCUCUGGAGUAGUAAAAUGCCAAUGCAAUUCUCCACUUCCAUUAUAAUCUACGCUUUUUGUUCUUAAAACAUAAGCAAGCGAUUAUUAACGUUAAAAGCCGACGUUUCGAUGUCAUCAUGACACCAUUCUCAAGGCAAGACGUUAAUAUUCGCUUGCUUAUGUUUUAAGAAAUCGUUUUUGAUCAAGUUUUUUGUUCUAUACCCCAAAAUGUUGAUUUUAGAACCCAAGCAGUCAAAUACAAAUGAAGCAGGCGAGACAAUGUUUUGAGGCGCUCGUGCUGUUUUUGAUCUCUCAGACAGCAACGUUGGGGACAAAUGAUACAGGUAAUAGAGAACUUUCUUUCAUAUUAAACCACACUGUUUCAAGAGCUUUAACGUGUAGAGGUUUUUUUGACAUCGAAAGGCGCAGUUGUAUAAAUAUGACACGUUUUUAGUUUAUGAUAAACUCUCAGCCAAUGCAGAUAAUGCAAUAAUUUUUAACCCGGCAUACCUACAUCCUUUUCAUAUUUCUCUAUUCCUUCUUCCUCGUUUUUCAUCAUCAACUGAUCCGAAAUAUCCGGUUUUGCCUCAGCACGUAAUAGAAGAGCGGUGCUUAACUUAGACGCCUUUGGCUAUGACAUUAACAACUGUCUCUUCACUCAUUGGACACCUUUUAAAGUUGUUGAAAAAGGCAAUGCCGUAUUACAAAAGCAGGUUGUGUGUGGCGGAAAACAACUCUGUUAUGGUACUCCUCCUAACCCAAAUGAUCCGCCAGAGCAACAAAAAUUUCACAAAGCACAGUUUGCCGUCUGUUACAACACGGCAACACGUAUUCCGACAUUUACCGGGCACGUGGUUAAACCGGGUGUCGUAGGGGGAAAUCAGGACCAGGAACCGAAUGAAUUUCACGCUGAUACUUAUUUUACAGGUAAGUGAUUCAACUAAUUAAGGUUUUAUAAUAACUAUUUCUCUCGUACUGAUUUGAUAAUAUUAAUCAUCGAAGUUCCACACAUAAAAAUUUAAUUUAUGCACGUACUUUUAACUUUCUUGUCAAGGAUUGCAAUGGACAGCAAUUACACAAUGUUAUGAAGCAAUUUAUCACCAAUAACAGCACAGUCACUUUAAAAAACCUUGCUACUUUUUUGUUUUCUAAGUUCUUCUUCUACCAGGCAUUCAAUUUAUUACGACAGUCGAAGUUCUCCUUGCGACCACUCUAGUAAGCGACCUGCUCUAGUUACGACCACCUUUGUGAAACUCUGUUUAAGCUGUGACUUAAACUUCGUAACGAAAAGCUCUCGUAAACGACCUCUCCCGUAAGCGACCGCGAUCACGACCACUGUUGGGAUUACCCAACCGGACUUUUCGUUUGUUUUUAAGCUCUAGUAAACGGCCACUCAGAGUCUUAUUCAUAUAAACCAACACUUGAAUGAAACUGUACACUACGCUAAUGGUUCGUUGAUAAAGAUCGUGGGGUUAUUUUGGUCUAAAAAAUUGGACGUAAAGUUUAGCCGUGUCAUGAUCCUAUAUCAGCUUAAGACACCCAUUAAGGAUAAAGUUUCUUUCGUUUUUCUUUAUGAAUUAUAAUUAAUGACUUUCUUAAGGUCUCGUAAGCGACCACCCUCCAUUGUUUUACCAUGCGGUCGCUUACGAGAGCUCAUUCUCUUAAGCGAACAGUUCAAGUUAAUACCACUUUUUCGAAUUUCGGAGGAGGUUGCUUACGAGAACUUCGACUGUAGUAGACUUUCAGUAACGGUAGCAUCUGGCACCCGCACCAAACAGACCAACGCUGGCUUUGGAGUUUCCUUACAUCAAUGAGAUUUAACUUCAAUCCGGGAGCAUGCAAGCAUCACUUUCCAACAGUUUACCCGAUACACACAUUUACAAGCACCGGUAGAAGUGAAAACAAUUAUAACUUUCACUAAACGUUGAGGCUAACAAACUCCACAGGGCACAGUGCAUAUUUUUGAGGCGAGCCCUAAACAGGGGCACCCAACGACGACUUCCUCCUAAAUGCAUUGAAAACACUUUUUAGGCUGUCCAGAGUACUUCUACAUCUCUAGAAAUGCAUUCUAACCUGCGCUAUAAAAUUUGUAUCUGUUUGUUCCUAGGGGAACUUCAGUCCUUUCGAAACAAGAACGCUCGUACAGCGGCGUUCACUCUCGCUUGCUUGGAGAUUAGAUCGAAAAAUUUAGGAGGCGAUUAAUUCUACACGAAACAAGAUUUACUCGCUAAAGGCUUUUUACUUCCUACUUUAUCGACGUCGAGUAUUUUUCAGGACAGUACUCCACAGGUGUCCCAAGCUCACGUUACGAGUGUGCUAUGUAAAUUAACUUUCUCACAAGAGAGUCGGUGUCGCGUUACAAGCAACCGUUUAGACUUUGUAUGAAAAAAAUGCUGAGGUCUGCGAACGCUAAAUAUCAUUAUUCUUACUUAUUUUUCUAUAAAAUAAAUAAAGGAGACUUACAUUUGAUGUAUUCCUGAGUUUUUUGGCGUGAAUUCAUCGAUUUAGUCGGUUUACGGGGCUGUUAUUGAUUUUGACCCUUAUUUAGAACGGGGUAUCCAUUUGACUCUCUUCAUAAUAAGCUCCAGUUUUGUAUUUAUGAAGAUUGCUUUUAAAAAUACGGUUCAAUGCGUGCAAACAGGUUUCGUAGAACGGGUAUCAGUUGUACUAUUUCUUUUUUAUUUGUUUCAAAAUUGAUUUAGAACACCUGUUAGCGAAGACCGGCUCAUACCCACCCAAAAAGUAUGUCUGCCGUCAGGUUUCGUCCAGUGCUAUACACUUUUUAUAAAUCAAAAUUGAUUUAGCACACCUGUUAGCGAAGACCGGAAGUAUGUCUGCCGUCGCAGGCUAUACACGUGUAUAAAUACACGAAAAUACAAGGGCCUUGAUUCCAGAGAAGUUACAUCAUUGCAUGAGAUCAAAAAAGUGCUUGGGUUACCUGUGAUACAAUGAACGUUUAUAACACCCGACCAUGGGGUUUUACUAAUUUUAAAGAUUUUUAUUUUUUUUUUCGACCACUCAGUAGUUAGACUGCUGGCAAUCCGCCUUUUCUGUUAAAAUCCGUCUAGUUCUUAUCUCAGCCAGGGUGAUUGCAAACCACGAGGUUGGGUUUCUCGUGCAGUAACUUUGCAAUAAAAAUAAGAGACUGCUCGCAGUCUACUCAGUAGUGUUCACUUGUCCCAAAGUAAUCAACGCUUUCGAGCGAUAGAAUUCGUGGACCGAUACGUUUCGGAAAAGCAACGAUUCUUAGUCUGAGUUUCCACGGUCUCGGACAGGAACGCCUAGCACAAUGACCCCCAUUUGUGUUCUAAAUACGACGAAAAACGAGUUGCAGAUUGUUAGUCUCGUUGUUUACGCAAGCGAGACUAAUUACAAGGGCUUCACUGGCUUCAAUGUUAUUUGUAUAGGUAAUAGCAGGAUGAUUUGUAGUGAUAUUUGGCAUAAAUACCACGAGUGAUAUUUCGAAAUUGUUAGACGUAAUUUCACGAGCCGUUAGGCUCCUGGAGAUCAUAGCAUACACUACAAUGACAAGGCAUUCUUUGUAUGGCAAGGUGGCCAUGCCGAUGCAGGGUGUUGUUUCCUGUCUUUUAACAACACUAGGUAAAAUUGUGAAUAAUUAUGAAAGUGAAUAAGAUCUUUGCAGAAGAAUGAACAACCGAAGCGGACAAAAACGAACCUGAAAAAAAAAACGAAACGAACAAACCCCGACUUUAGCGAUGAACAGACGCAGCGCUCUAUGAAUUUUUUUCAGGUUCUUUUCCAACCGCUUUUUAAAAAUAGGUUUCUCAUUCUACUGCGAAAACUUGUUUUUAUUUACAUAUUUAUACAGGGGCACCCAACGUCAAUUUUCGGAAAAGUUCUGUUCGGAAGAUGAUUUGAGAUCUAGAAUUUUCGGAACAUUUUUUGUAAAAUUUCUUGAUUGCCUGCCUCCGCUAGGAUUUUCGAACAUCUAAAAAAUGGUAUAAUUGCCCACUUUUAACGGAUUUUUACUCUAAAAAGGUCACCUACAAUUUUCGGGAGCCUUUUUGUGGCUGAAAUUUUCGAAAAGGUAAGUUUUGAUACCAACAAUUUUCGGAUCACUAGACUUUCAGCUAGGAAAUCCGAACAGAUAAAAAUUUUUUAGGGGAUGCAAAUAUGCCUAUAUCUACCGUUUAAAUACUAAAAUACGUUUAAGAAUGCUAUGUUUAAGUGGUUUUGAACUAUAUUCUCGCUGGGUGCCCCUGAUUUAUACGCAGUUUAAAAUAUGAUUCAUUUCAUAUAUUUCAUUUGUAAGUGCUUAUUUUGAAUUUUACUCGUUUGAUUGUUACUGAAGAAAAAGCCAGUAUAAUUUUGAUUCCCUUCAAGUUAUAUUCAUUAAUUAUUUGCAAAAUAUUCCAAAUAUGUGGUGCAAAAGUGAUGCAUUUUCCUAGAGAAAAAAGCAAGUUCUCCGUUUGUUUGUUUGUAUGUUUAUUGUUAUACUUAUGCUUUUGCUUAUACAUCACAGAUCCAAUGACAGGGCAACUAUCUAAUGAAAUAGCAUUACAUGGUGACUACACUAUCAACAACCAAGACAAUCUUAACAUCAAUUUCAAUAUCGUGAGAAAUCAGUUCUGUGCUAGAGGUCAUUUGACUCCAAACGCGGAUUUUUCAGACGGCAACGAACGUGCGCGCACCUAUGUAACAACCAACAUUGCACCUCAGUGGCAGCUGUUCAAUGGUGGUAACUGGCAAAUAUUAGAAACCAUCAUACGAGGCUAUGCAACCUCUUCGAAAAAUCACCUGUUUGUGAUCACUGGGACAAGUAAGUAAAAAAAGAAUGGCGACUAGUCGGUGGUCGCCAGUGUCAGGUUAACUUUUCCUCAUUUCAGCUCAGUUAUAUACUAGAAAUCCCAUGCAGAACAACCCAAAGUUCAUGUUAGGAAAAGGGCCAACAGUAGGAAUAAAGGGAAAACAAACCAAGAGAACAAAAGUAGUAAUGCUGGUUGAUAUAACCCAGAGCCAAUCAGAAUCGAGUAUUUAGGUCACGUGACUGCUCUCGACCAAUCAGAAGCCAGCAUUUCAAUGACAUCAUAAAACUAACUAAAAUUAGAUGGUACUUCAUGUAAGAGUCACGAAAAGUCCCCAGGAAGUGAGCGGAAGGUAUAUUGCGAAUAGGGGUCACGUGACCUAAUUUGCAUAUUUUUGACGUCACAGGGUCACGUGACCUUUCUGACUGUCAGAUAGUAGCCAAUCAGAGUGCAGCAUUCUUUAACUAGUCCCCAGACUCCCGGAAGUGACCUCGUAACCGGAAGUGCUUGUGCCACCGGAAGUGACAUCACAACCGGAAGUGACUCCCUAGUCCACCGGAAGUGACAUCACAACCGGAAGUGACUCCCUAGUCCACCGGAAGUGACUUCACAACCGGAAGUCACUCCUAGUCCACCGGAAGUGACUUUACAACCGGAAGUCACUGCCCAGUCCACCGGAAGUGACCGUGCGACCGGAAGUCAUCCUCUCAACUAGUCCCCAGGUCCUGAAAGUGACCGCGCAACCGGAAGUCAAGAAAUGUGCUCUAUUGCACAAUGGAAUAACUGGCCUUUAUAUUUGUGUCGGAUGUUGUACGCUCACCCUUGUGGUACUUCUUUGUGACAAUUUGCAACAACGCAUGCGCAUAAAGUAACAUCGAACAUUGUCGCGUACAGCGCGAUGGAAAGUCAAGAAAGCAACGCAUGAAAUUGCUUUUGACGUCACCAAGUCACGUGACUUAUUCCCAGGUCCCCGGAAGUGAGAGCGCGACCGGAAGUCAAGAAAAUAACACACUGUAAUUGCCAAUAAAAAUCACUUUUUAGAUUUAAUACAAUUUACAUGUCGUGCUUGGGUUACAUCUGUGAUUUAUAAUUGCAGCAUGAGUUGCACUUGCGACCCAAAUCCUUUAGAAGCCAUUUUUUUUUUUUUUCUGCAAAUCGUCUUGCUUUGGUUGUUUAGGUUUAUCAAGUUACCCAAUUUCUUCUGCUGCAAUCGUGAGGACUGAGUUCAGUUUGGUACUCUUGUAGAACAUGAUGAGCAAAGUUCAAAACCUUGGUUGGGCUGUUUGAACUUAACGAGACAAGCGUUGCAGAGGAAUUUUUCUUGAGUACGAGAUAAUCGUUGAUUUUGUUCGAGAUAUUGCGCCUUUGUGAAAUCUAGUUGACGUUGUAGGUUUUGCAGUUGUUGGUUUUGUUCUUGUAUGAUUUGAAGUAGAUUAGCCAUAGUUGUUUUAUAUUCUUUGCAUUUGCGACAUCUUCUUAUCGGUAAAGGUAGUGACAAACAUCUUGCAAUACUUUCCAUGAUGCUGUUCCUCCACGAUGUCUCAUCAGCAACUUUUUUUGUUGUUUGCGGUGGUUAUUAAACCUUCGGGACUUGACUCCACGCUUUGGUCCACAAUUGAUCAAUUAAUUCUUGAAAAUGAGUUUCGUUGUAUUUUUGAAUCACUUGAUUGAUCUGACGUUUUUUUUCUGGAUCGAACAUGAUUAUAUACCUCUUGAAAAGGAUUGUAAUUCAUGCUUUCGGGUGGAAUGGUUUGUAAGUGAUCAUGAAAGACUUUUUCCAGUUGUCUCCAUUGUUGUUUUCUGUGUUCUAUGGCUUGUUUGAUUUCUUGUACAUCGGAUGGAGAUAAUAUAUUGUUAAAAUUGUCACGUUCAAGUUUGAUCAUGAAAGAUUCGUGAAAAUCGUCCAAAUCAUCCACUGACAAUAGCAUUUGUUCAAGAAGAUUCUCCUUUAGGCGGAAUCUUGCUUCGUUUCUUGCUAGAGCUUGGUAUUUGUAGUUUUCCUUGCGACUUGACAUGAUACGGUCCAAUAGCUUCAUCCGUUUGGCAACAAUUAGUGAGACGUUUGCUUUUUAAAACAUGACUAAUCACUCGAUGCGUAUAGGCACUGGUAGAAUGAAAAUGCAAUAGGGAAUAGUGCAUUGCAUCGAUAUUGUAUGAAAAAAAACAUUGUGUUUGUUAGAGCAAUCAAACUACAACACCACACUGAGUAGAAUUUGGCAUAAACAAUCUCUUUUAUUGAUAAGGAAAACAACAACAUGAUUACAUGCCCAACUUGAGUUUAGCUUUCAUGAUAUUUUUGACAAUAUGUUCCGUCAGACUUUUCUGACCUGGCAGUUUAUCGAUCUUGGCAAUCAUCUUGCGAUCUGCCAUCCAUUUGUCCUUCAAGUUUUUGGCUCUAGCAUAGUCAAUGUCAUGGGCUUUAGCAAUCUUGUCUAACCUGUUGAUGCCUGGGUCACCGCGGGCUAAACGUUUCUCCAAAUGAGUCCCAGGUCCCAUAUACUGAUAACCGGGCCAAUGAAACUCUAUGCCCGUCUUGGCCAAUAACUUUUGAACAUCAAAUAACUUGCCUCCGCGUUGCGAACGUCGUCGUCGCUUGCGGGUUUGAGGUGCGACACGGCGUCUCUUGGUCCGUUUCAUCAUGGGGUUUUCCACGUUUUCCACUCCAAGGCUUUCUUGGCCAGACUUUCUGCUUUCUUUUUGGCCGCGUCGGUGGCUUUUUUGCGAAUGUUACGCUUGACGGCUUUCUUGAUAGAUUCCACACGUUCACUGGGUGUAUCCCAAGGUUCUGCACCGUGCGUUUCUGAAAAGGGUAACUCUUGAGCCAACUCUUCGGUGCUCGCCUCGGGAGUGAACUUGAGUUUCUUUUUGGCACUAGGGGUGAUAAUGGGUUUGGGUGGUACGCGUGGUUUUCUACCGGGUCUGGAGGGUCCUGCAGGAGAGGCACUUUGUUUUAUACCCUGGCUAGCCUUGACUAGUUGCGUCAACCAAGCUUGCACUGGGCCAGCAUCAAACUCAUCCUCACCCGUUUCAGUCGCAGGGGUACCCGUACCACCUACCCCGCUAACAGGCGCACCAAACGGUUGGCGUACUUUUUUGGUCCAAUGGCGCAAUUGACGCCCCACGGCUUUCAGUUGAGGUCGUUUCCAUGCAUCGGGGACAUCACUGGCCAAGAGCACAUGUUGUUUGGCCGCUAAAUCUGCCGCUUUGGUCAAGCGAGUAUCUUCCACCAACUCUUGUUUGUACUUGUCUCGUAAUUGUAAAAAAGCCGGAGCAUUGUCCACAGAGGUACUCACCAUCUCUUGCUCCAUGGUGUAAAUGAGGUACAAUGUCUAACGCAUGGUACGUUUAUAGCAUCGGUAGAGUUCGGACCAGAGAGUUCCUCCUUUUUGAGACAUCAUGAUAGCGCGUCGACGUUUGACCGAAUGAGCCUGUUUGGCCAUCUCUCUUAAACUCUGAGCAUGGGGUUUCAGCAAAGUGAUGGUGUGUCGAGAACGGGGCACGGUUCCGCGGAUCGUGUUCAUGACCAAUUCACUGAUGGCAUUAAUCUGAUCCGCAUUGGCCAGCCGUAACAAUUCUUGUCGUUUAUGAUUGUCCGCUUCUCGCAACACACUCUUCAGAAACGGAGCUUGACGUUGCAUGCGCCAAUCCAUCGUGUGAUUGUUGCUUUGGGUCAUCUACCGAAGGUCUAUUUAUGGUAAAAAGUGCUCCACACAGUUCGCCAUGAUAAUAUUGUUGCAUGCGGUCGCGACACUGUUGACACAACCUGUCUUCAAAAUUUUUGUCGCACUGUAAAAAAUAAUUGUUAGAACCUUUUUUUCUUCUUCUGAGCACUGCAUCGCUUCUAACCUUUCCACGCCCAUGUGCGUUUCUUAACCUUGCAAGACGAGAGAGCCAUCGCCAACAUGAGUAGCACUCUUCCACGUUGCAAUCCAUGUUGCCAACAUCGUUUUCGGGGGAGCUAACAAUGCCUCUUUUAUAGUUUUUUACUUUAGCAUUCGUAAUGUCGCUAACCCAGGCAAACCCGUUCGAGUUAACAUUCGCUGAACCUCUCGUUUAUUGGCUGCCCAUUGCGCUGCGCUGAUCUUUCCCACUUUUUUCUUGCGCGUGGCUGCGUCGAUAGCCUUUUUUUGCACCGUAGCUGGCGCCGCCACUAACGGCUCCUAGCGCUGCCGCCUUACCGAGAGCGAUGGCAGCGGGAAUGAGGAACGGAAGAAUACCUCCUCGUUGCUUUCGUCGCCGUCGUCUUCGUUUGGGUGGCAUGAUGAGUUGUACAACAUCUGAUGAACCUUUUUUCACGAUGUGUCUCGUUUUUAUAGUCUCAAGCCUCGGCGCAUUGCUAGGUCGUUGUCAACCCCUUUCAUUUCUUUUUAUAACGUGCAUGGAGUUUAGAAAGCCCAUCCUGUGCGUUUUAACGCACGCUCAACGUGUCGUUUAUUGGCCGCUAAUUGGGCUGGACUGAGUUUUUUUUUCUUGCGCGUGGCCGCGUCGAUAGCUUUUUUGGCACCGUAGCUCGCACCGCCACUAACAGCUCCUAGCGCUGCCGCCUUGCCGAGAGCGAUGGCAGCGGGAAUGAGGAACGGGAGAAUACCUCCUCGUUGCUUUCGUCGCUGUCGUCUUCGUUUGGGUGGCAUGAUGAGUUGUACAACAUCUGAUGAACCUUUUUGCACGACGUGUCUCGUUUUUAUAGUCUCAAGGCUCGGUGCAUUGCUAGGUCGUUGUCGAACAUCACAUUAGGUGAAAGAACUAUUUUCUUUUUUACGCUUUUGCAAGGUGGUGCUGCUGACGGUAAAUGUACGUUUGUCGGAGACAGGGUCGAGGUAUUCAUGCGGGUUGAUAAUUCAGUGUGUUGUCCUCCUUCUCUUUGCCGACGUUGACGUUCGCGUUCUCGUUGCAGUGCGUUUUCGAAUGGUAGGGACAUCAGAGGGCAAGGUAUGCACUUGCGCUUUACCUUCUCGGGGUGUUAAAUGACUCCACAAACGGUAACGAUCAUCCGAGGCAGGAUGCACAUCCAACAUCAAAUAACCAAAAGGGUGCGAUGUGACACGAUUAAAUAGUCGCAAGACUUGACGCCAACGGUCAGGAAAGGCUUGAAGUAAAAUGGUCCGUAUGCCCGUUUGAUCUCGUGGGUUUUUGAAGGUCACAAUGUAAUGCACAUUGCGAUUAAUUGUCUUGGAGAAUUUACCGGGUGGAAAUAAAUCUUGCGUCAAAUACAGCACGGUAAUGUUGCGAUGAUGGGAAUCUUUGGUAAACAAGUCCAACACGCGUUUGUCCUGUCCUCCUUCUUCCAUUAGAUCAUCCAAGACCAACACACCCCCUCGCGUGGGGCCAAACCAUUUUGUCAAAUGACUAGGGUCCGGUAAGCCACGAUGAAAUCGAAUGCCAUCCUCUUUUUGCAUACGCUCGAAUCUGGGUUGCCAUCGGUCAUACGCAUACACCAUGGUUUUGGGUUUCACUUGAAACACGUUCAGGUACCGCAACCAUUGUUCCACCAAGUCGCUUUUGCCACUGCCCGAGGGUCCGGCAAUAAUCACGCUACUUGGUUGUCGUAUCAUCCUUCCCACGGGCGAGGUAGACGUCUGUAAUGACCCGUGGCACCUUUGGCUCCCAUUCGUUUAUACCGUUUAUCACGUCCCAAUUUAUAACCGAUUUUGGCCGCUUUGGUCAAUACACCAAUGAUCCCGCGCCCAUUUUGAGGAAUUCGCCAUCGUUGGGAGGUUCUCAAGGGUUUUCUUUUUCUUCUUCUCGGCAUACCGUCCAAUAUUCGCGGUAUAAUCGAGGAGACGCUGACUGAAUCAGGUGUUGCAUACAAUCCCUUAAAUACGAUUCACCCAUGGUGUCCAUGUACGCUUUAAGAGACAUCCAUUCUCUAUCUUGAGCCAAUUGUCGGGCUAAUGUCCAAUGAUACCCAUCCCAUGCAUCAUUGCCUCGGACGGUUUGGACGCGUUCGAUGGGAUGUAACCACCAAUAAAGAGAUUCUUUCAAAAUGAACGCAUCGAUAACGCGCUGCACAUCGCCGCGUGUAAUCAUGAUGAAAAAAUGACACCUCUUGUUGCUGCACUUGUCUUUUUUAUGGUGAUGAUAAGACACUACACACAAUUUGAUAAGUAAAUCACGUUUUUAUUACAUUUUAUUACAAAGCAGAAAGGCCUGGCGGCUCAAAUUACUUUGCCCAUCCGGUCGGGCAUCCACUUCAUCUUGUAAUUCACGUUUAAUCACCCUUUUCAAGUCUUGGGUUACUUUAUGAUCAUUCAACACUAAAUUAUCGGUACUCCAACUUCCCAAAAAGUCCUUGUAGGUCUGUCCUUGCGCUCUGGCUUUAAGGAAAAAUAAUGCAUAAUGACCACAGGUCUGACUAUCCAUGGCUUGCAAGGUAGUGUCACUGCGAGUUAGGUACUUCCAUCGACUCCACCACUUGUGCAACUCUGCAUUUUUGUACACGUGCAAGGGUAGACCAUAACUGUCAAAGAUUUCGCACUUGUUUUGUUCUGUCCACAUGCCCAACCAAUGUUGUCCCGGUUCCCCCGCUGGAUCCGUGUUGACAAUGUAGGCCGCGCGAACCGUUUGGGGAGGUGAUGGGGGUAGUUUAUCGGCUGGGUACACACCUUGAAACACGCGUCGUAAUUGAGGAUCAUCUAAGGCCAACGACCGCAACACGGUAUCGCUGAGCGCCACAAACUCCAUGGCUGGCUUCUUCUGAAGAUGGUUCAACCGUUGAUGUUGUACUUUAUACCUCCCAGAUGAUUAAUCUCGUACAUGUUUUCAUACUCGCUCCACACCAACACGGUGAUGUUGUGAUUAACAGCGGCCCUGAAAUCAAUCACCAGUCGCACAUUCCCCGAUUGACGAGGGUUGCGAUACUGAGAGUCAUCGGCUUUGCCGCUUGGUACAUUGUUGAACAUAAACAACGUGCAGUUGUUGCCCUGUCCCCAAUCACUGGGCAUCAGCAUGGGGAUCUUGUCUUCAUUGUAGGAACCCAUGGCUUGUAGAAAGCGAUCGUAGCCCAGUAGAUCUUCAUAGGCUUCAUCGCCUGUUAGUUCUAGGGUUCUGUAAGGAUAUUCUUCUCCAUUCAAACUUUGUCGCACUUGGGUGACGCCAAACUUUUCAAAGGCAAAGGGGUACCUUUGUAGGUCACCAUUGAAGGUAUUGGAAUGCAGCAAUCCCACUAUCACUCUAUCGGGAAAUCGACCCACAAACACAUUGUCUUGUUCCCACUGGGUAGUUCUUCCAUCAAAGGAGAAGGUGCGGAUUUCACUUCGAACCACUGGGUAGCGCACAAUCUUUUUUCCCAGCUGUCUUUCUUUUUGCAUUCUGACAUAGACACUCGCGUUCAAGGUCACUUUUCGCAUCAGUAAGGUGACUUUGAUGUCAUCAUUAUGGAUGGCAGGAAAUUUCUUGGUGGUUAAGGUCCCUUUGUUGGGGGUACCCAUCAAGUAGACAGACUUGGGGUUUAGAAACAAUUCAAAGUCCAACUGCACACCAGGCACCAAACAUUUACCCGUCUUGAGGGGUGGUAAAUGAGGACGGAUGAUAAAGGUGUGCCAAUUUUCGCUUAGCAACCGGCUGGUCAAGGCUCGCAAUUCUACAUUUCCACUCCAAGCAGCAGUGGUAGGAGUAUCGGAAUUGGCACCUGUGGCCCCCAUUUCGUCAAUCACAUUGAGUUGAUUCACCCAGCCUUGAGGGGCUAACUUGGUGGCUCCUUCUUCUCUGUUGUAAUUCAAUAAGGUUUCCAAGUAGGCUCUGUAAUGGUAGGUAUUGCUCUGUUCAGUCAUGAGCACACCAUUCAUGCUCAUGGUAAUAUCUCGAAAGAUGGAGUGCGCAAAAUUGUUGACGCAGUAGGUGUUUCUGGUAUUGUUGGCAUCGGAAUCGGCCAAAUUGGCUUUCAAUCCUUGAUACCCACCUGCAGGAUCAGUCAGACGUACUUUGACUUGAAAACGGAGUUCGUUGAGAUCAUAAUAAUCUUCGGAGGCCGGGAUGGAAAACGUGAUAGGCUGUAUUCCUGUCAAGGCAGGUUGAAACAUCACGUCCCUGGAGGCUUCGUAGCGGUAAUCCACAUUAGGGACAUCAAACAAAUUGAGCGACAUGUUUUUUUUUCGGUCAGCCCCAAGUCCACAAUGAGAGUGAAGACGUUCAACGACGUUUCCUUUUUAUAGCGUUCCGAGCCAGCCAAUUGGGGUCUACUUGGUAGUCAUAGGGGGUCAUCCAGGGAUAACGCAUACGCAUUCGCGUGGACUUGCCAAAGAUAGUUCCUCCUUUCAUACGUUGCUUCAGCCAGCGUUCUAUCAUCAAAUCAUUCUCUUGGGACGUAGAAGGGAAUCUCAAGGGAUUUUGCAUUCGCAUGCGGGUAGACUUGCCAAAAAUCGUACCUCCUUUCAUCUUGCCACGUUGCUGCAGGUGUUUCAGCGUCCAUCGCUCUAGUGCUGGAGAUGAUGAGUAUAUGAAGGGAUAGCGCGCUGUAGUAGAUUUACCAAAGAUAGUCCCUCCCGUUUGAUACGGUGAAAUGAACCGCCCUCGUGGGCGCUGAAGUCGAAUGCGAUUUUGCGUUUUGCGAAAUCCUCCAAUGCGUACCAUGGUUCACAAUCCAAAAAUAUCCCGUACGCGUUGAGUCGUUCUUUUAUAGGUAUUUUGAGCGGUUCGCUUGGCUUUGUUUUUUCCCACGGUCCAGGCCAGGGCAGGAGCUUUGCGUUUCAAGCCGCGUUUAAUUUGCUCUCCACGAUUCGACAAGGUGUCAGCCAAACUCAUUCCUUGUUGGAUAUCUUGGAGUCCCGCUUGGGCUUGCUGCACGAUGAGAGGACCGGCUAGUUUGAUUAAGUCUUCAGCCAACCCUUUUCCCUCCUGAGUCGUCACCACGGGUGUGUGGUAGCGCGUUAAACUCCCUCCUCGCAUCUCUGUUCUGUUUUUUUGUAUGGUCUUCUCUCAGAUGUGCGUGGUGGUUUUUAUAGCUGUUUGAGACCUAUCGUCACAAUGGUUUUGCCGGGGGGUAAAAUUGUUAGGGGGCCACUAGUAUCAGCAAUUUCUACUUCGACGAUGUCCAAUUGGUUGCCUCGCACUUUGAUCCACUGGUGAUGCAGUGGUUCCGCCGUACUUUCUCCCUCACCGGUUCUCAAUAACUGUACUUCCCGCAGCAAGGGAAACUUGCCACUGCCUACUACAGUAGAUUCCACUACAUCCGAAUAGACCAUCACAGUGCGUUUGCUGGUUCCUACAAUCUUUUCAAACGAAGCAUUCAAGUUGUUGAACUGCCAUUCUACCACCCUAGACAAAUGAAGCCGCUUUCCGUUUACCUCGAACACUUGAUCCGCGAUGUCACUGGUCAAAUCCGUGGGUUGCACCGCAAGAAAGUGAUCUCCAUUCCAGUUGUAGUCUGCGCGAGCAGCAGAGUCGGUACUGUCUGGCUGGGUCUGGUUUGUGUAGGUCACGGUAGGGAAGGUGAAUUGGAGAUUAGGUCCAAUCGCAUAACCUACAUCCACACCUGCGGGUUUUUCAAUGAAGCCAAACCUUUCCGCUAUCCCCAGAUCCAUGGCAAAGGUGGUGGUCGUUGCGGUCUUGUCGCUUUUCAUUGCGUCUUCUUUAGGGAUGGCAUGCAGUACCAAGACAUCGUCUUUCCAGGUCAUCCUAGGCAUCCAGUUCUUUUUCACACUGACUAUGGGUCGUUGAUUCGCAUUGAAGGUUAAGGCAGAUUCUUGUUGGUUCAACAGUGCCUGCAUGAUUUUAUUGUGCACUUCUUGCAUCACGCGUUUCCAAAACUCACUGCCUGUGGUCACAGACUGUUUGGAACUCAUGACAUCUUCCAAUUCCACUCCAUAAUCCUUCGUCUUGUAUCCCACAAAUCGGUACUUCCCAGUCACCCAUUUGCGCGUCAAGUACGUGACGCUGAAUUUGACGACUUUGGUAUGAGGAUCCGUGGCAAUGACGGCAUUGCUCUGUCCUUUAUCCGGCACGGUCAGGGACAUCAACGAGGUGUGCCAACCUUCGCCAGGUAAGUUGAGACGUUCGGGUAGACGGACCUUGAAACUGUUGUUGGCAUUUUUGGGAAACUCGUCGGUUGGAUCGCUGAUGAGGGUCAGACGUUGAAUUUUACUCAUGAUGAGGAUACUCGUCUAAGGGUACGUGCUGGUUUUUAUACCUGUUUGAGACCUAUCGUGACGAUGGUUUUGCCAGGAGGUAAGAUGGCCAGGGGUCCACUGGUACUCGCAAUCUCGACUUCCACGAUAUCCAAUUGUUGUCCUCGCAGUUUAAUCCACUGGUGGUGCAAAGGUUCUGCCGUACUUUCCCCAUCACCGGUUCUCAACAAUUGCACUUCCCGCAGCAAGGGAUACUUGCCACUGCCCACUAUGGUGGAUUCGACGAGAUCCGAAUAGACCAUGACAGUGCGCUUGCGUGUCCCCACCAUCUUUUCAAACGAGGCAUCCAAGUUGUUCAACCGCCAUUCAAACGCCUGAUGCAAUCUCAUCCACUUCACAUUGUCUGCUGUCAUGAUAGAAAAGGCUCGGCUGCUAAAGUUAACUCCCUCGUACACGUCUCCUUCCCAAUUGUAAUAGGUUCGAUAUCGGCUACCGACGGGACCCGUGUUCUCACCAUAGGUCUUGGUUGGUAGAGAAUAUUGCAGACUCGGGCCUAGCACAAAAUCGGACGUGGCGUAGCCAGUCUUGCCUGUCUUUCUGCGCAGUAAUCCAAACUUGAGCGCAAUGUCCACAUUGAUGUAAAACUCCACCAUGUUGAUUUGCUGAUUGUUCAACAAAUUUUUUUUGGGAAUCGCUUUAAUCAGCAGAGACUCUUCUUUCCAACUCAGUUGGGGCAUACCGUGUUUAUUGACAAACACAAUUGGUUUUCGGUCGGGUUCGGUAACUGAUGCGUUCCAUUGAUCUUUCAUCACUUCGGUCAUGAUUUUGUCGUGCAACGUUUGCAUCACGCGUUUCCAAAACUCACUCCCUGUCGACACGAUUUGAGUUGCAUUCAUGAUCUCUUCCAAUUCGAUCAUUUUGGUUGACAAUGCGGUGUCUAUGAACAAAUACGCUGAGGUGGAUGGGUCGCCCGUGUCUGUCCAUUUGCGGGUACUUAUCGCAUGUUUGUAUCGGAUUACUUUGGUAUGCGGAUCCGAGGCGAUGACGGCAUUGCUCUGACCUUCAUCCGGAACGGUCAGAGACAUCAAGGUGGCAUACCAACCCUCGCCCUGUAAGGAGAGAGGUUCGGGCAGACGGACCUUGAAACUGUUGUUAGUAUUUUUAGGAAACUCAUCGGUCGGAUCGCUGAUGAGCGUCAGGCGUUUAAUCACACUCAUGCUGAUAAACAAGAGGCGCGUCCAAGUAGUGCAGGGUUCUUUUAUAGCCACUGAACCACUUUUUGUUUGCUACGUGGAACCCAUCCCACUAAAGAAUUAAAGGUUGAUUGUUUGGGGUAAAAACAUACUUGCUGAGCAAUGUUGGGAAACGCUUGUGCCAAUUCCAUUAGAGUUAAGCAAGUUUUUUGUUGGGUGGCUUUUUUCUUCUUGCGCAUGGGCGGAUGACGACCAGCGCGCCGGCGUUGUUUCUUUUGGGCAGUCGUGUAAGAACGAAGAGCUUGUUUCCCAAAGGCGAGUCCGGCCAUUCUGUUGACUUUGGCUCGUCUUUGUUUCGUUGCUUCCUUGUUAAUAAACUUCAUGAUCUCGACCUCAUCCAUGUAGGGUGCCGUGUAACUGGCUUCAGUGGGUAUUGGGUACAGAAACCGUCUACUUCUUCUUUUUUUUCGCUGUGUUGUUUGUUUUCUUCGCACCAUGGGCGGGAAUCCAACUAUCGUACUUGGGUGGCCAGCCUUUCCACCGCACUAACACGUUGCGUCCUUUACGUUUCAAGACUUUUUCGACCCGAAAUAACGAGUCAUCCGACACUUGCACUUUUUGCACAUCGGGUUCGUAAAACGUACCUUUUAUAGGCGUACCGUCCCAUUCACUGAGUCGAUAGGUCACGAUGGGAUGUCGACGUACAUGCGUGACCACAAACACUUCUUCUGUCCAUCCAGGUAGAUACCCUUUUUGAAAGGGUCGAUGUUUCUUGUUGAGGCGUACGCGAUCGCCCACUUGACAUUUGGGAGGUGGCGUCUUUUGCUUCAAGCGCUUACCGUAGAGUCUGUCCCAGACCUCGGGCACAGUUUUUUCCGUGACUUGCUGCGGAGUCAUGCCAAUACUACGAUGAUAGGACUGAUUGUACGAGUGAAUUAAGGGUUGUAACACGUCCACAUACCUCAACGUAUUGUGGGCCGUAAAGUAGCGGUACAUCCGUUGUUUCAACGUGCGAUGCCAUCGUUCUACCACGGAGGCCUUACUAUCCCCAUACGUUGAAAAAUGAUGCCAGUCAUGUUUCUUGAACCAGGCUUGCACCCCUGCAUUAUAAAAUUCUUUGCCUUGAUCCGUCUGCACGCGAAGGGGUUGUCGAGGUGAGGCUUGACGACGAAUGCCUUCUAACCCUUGUAUCAUUUCUUUACUGCUUUUGGAUUUGAUGGGGAUCGCCCACGCAUACUUGGACAGCACAUCGAUGACUGUCAGCAAAUAUUUGUUGCCCUUAUUCCAUCGACUGAGUUUUUGCAUGUCCACCAAAUCCAUUUGCCAUUGUUCGUCUCGGUCAAACACCAAGGUGGGAGUGGUAGGGAAACGAGUCCGUCGGGGUUUGUGUAACGUAUAACUGAGAACGGAUUGCAGAAUUUGUUGCGCUUGAAGAGUUUUCAAUUUGUGGGCUUUGGCAAAGGGGUCUACCCCACCCAGGGCCCCCUGUUCUUGGGGAUCUUCGUAAGCGCGUGCUAACGACAUAGCGCAGUGACACAGAUGCUUUAAGGGCCUUUUUCUUUAAUAGUUUUUUGCAAAAACAAAGUUCCACUACCACCUCUUCUUUCUCUGAGCUUCAGCAAACUGGUUCAGCGUUGUUGUUGGGACGUGCUAGGUACAUGCAGUGUCUGGACAGUAUCUCUUUGAUGUAUCUUCUCAGCACGGUGGCGCUUGUUCUCUGGGACGGUACAGCAAAGCAUCAAGGCAAAUGGAUUCUUGCUCAGACAAAUUUGACUUUGCAAAAGCACAAUACCUCCAACUUGUCUUUCCUCAUUGUAUCCAAUAACCAAUCAACUCCAAGCACGAGAGCACUUGCGAGCCAAAUUGUUCUUCAAUGCGAAAAUACCACUGUGCUGCCAACGGGAACUGUUUUAACCACACCACAUACGUGACAAAUCUCCCCAAAUCACGAUGGACGUGCGUCUCUUUAAAGGUUUCCACAGGAUCACCCCAUUCUUGCAAAACAGGCUGCUCGGAAUAUUUUAAAAAUAAACGACCGCAAAGAAAACGAAUCAAACGCCAACGCAAAUAAUACCACAUUUUUCUUUGUCUUUUUUUUUAAAAAAAUAACUUUAAUGACAACUCACUAUAUACACUUUUUUUUUUUUGUUGACUCUUAAGGAAAAAAAACUCUAAAUGCUAAGCACUGAAAGAGGGGUCUAAAAAUAUGAUGUUCUCGCGUAUAGUCAUUGUCUUCAUCAUAAUAUCGAGUGAGUUUCUUGGCUCCAUUGAUUCCAUAACUCGUAUGAUAACCGGUUAAUAAUCUAUGACCCUUAUACGUAUCGCGCGAUGGAUGCUGUAUUUUAACCACAAGAUACCCAAAAACAUGUACUUUGUAAAAAGGUACAUCGGUUCGAGUAAAUAUGCCUUGGUGACUAUGUUGUACUUGAUAUAGUUUUCUUCUACCAAACAGUUUACAUUUCUUGCAACAAAACUUAAAGAAGCUAAAAAUGUUAGAAUCUAUUAUAUAUUUAAUUGCAGGAAGAUCAUGUUCUUCAAACCGACGCAUUUUCGUCAACUGAUUUCCACAAUCCCAACAAUGAUGUUUUCCAUAGUCGAAUGGAAACAAUUGUUCAUGCAAGACUUUCCAUCCCAUCUCAUUUCGUGCGUGAACCAUCGGACGCCAAUAAAUGCGUUCUUGAAUAAACCAGGGUAACUUUUUCCAAGGUAAUGUCUCAUCAAAAGUUGACUGUUCCUCCAUACUGUUGCUCAGUGAUACCCCAAUUGUUGGAUGAUGGGACUGCUCUUGUAUAGUAGACAAAGGGACUGUUGCGUCCGCCGCCGCCGCCGUCUUCGCGCGCGCCGUCUUCGCGCGGGCCGCCGCCGCCGCCGCCGCCGUCUUCGCGCGGAGCCCCCCAGCCGCUGCUGCUGCCUGCUUUCAUCUGAUUUUUUCGUUUUUCCUCCAUGUCUGCCUUCAAGUUGCUAAAGUACUCCUGAAGGGCCAUCUUUUUGCAAGCUUCUUUGUGUUCUUGCGCUUUUCUUUUGGCUUCUUCUCGACUGGCUGGUACGGGUAACUGUUUGAAUUCAAAUCGCAUUUCAUCUUGCCAGGCUGCAUUCUUGUUGGUAAAAGGUUGAUCAAACCACUGAAAGUAAGGGCAUUUCAACUCUUUGCUCCAAUUGUUGCAGCUCAAGUACAAGCGAUUGGGGUUGGUUUCCGAUUGACUCAGUUUCAGCACAGGGCUAAAAUGGCAGAAACAUUGCAGAAUGUCCCAACAUUCCAUCACAUCAUGACUGGGUAGUGUGUAAUGCAGGGCUUGUAGAUAAGCAUCGAUGUUACUGGCAAAUAGAAACACGGGGCAAUCGACGUCGGGACAAAACAACACUUCUUGUUUUUCAAUCUCAUCGGGUGGUUUUUUACGAGUGAGAGGUUUCAAGUGGAAGGGGCACGUUAACAAAUCCACCACGUCUAAAGGCGCUCGAGGUGGACUCCGACUUUGCGGUGCAGGUGGACUGCCAACUUGAGGGAUCAUGUCCACUUCAGCCAACAAGGAUUGAAUGGCCUGAUCUUUUUCUUGCUCUUGUUUUUCUUCGACCCAUUGCCCAUCUUUCAUCGCAUAAUGUUUCUCCACCACGAUAGGUUCGGGUGUUUCUUUGGCAGGAUCGGUCUUCAAAACGGUGGGAGAAUCUGUUUCCCAUUUGGGUUUUUUCUUCUUUUUUUCUUUGGAGUCAGGUUUAUCUUUCUUGACAUAUUUGCGUUUCGCGGGUAGAGCUUCGACUGGUGACUGCAUGAUGCAACUGAUGAAAAUUACGAGUUGCUCCGAGACUAUAUAAGCGCGAUCACCUGAUCUUCAACCAAUCAUUUUGUUGCAGCGCGCUAGCGGAACAACUGGAUUGUCUCGUUUUAACUCGUUUGUACUGGAUUGACUGGUUUUCACCUGUUUGUACUGGUUUAACUUGUUUUUUAAAAAGAAACUCGUUUAACAUGUUUUUGAAAACAAGUAUAUUAGUAGUGAUCCUCAAUCAUUUCUUCAUUCUAACCAUGGCUUCCUCCAAUCCUGCAGAGCCUUCAAAAACAUGGACACAUUUCAGGAAUUUUGUGGAAAAAAAAGACGAGUUUGUAGAAGAACCCAUGGAACAUCCAGCCGGUGAAAAAUAUACCAUUGUGACCGGUGGAGCGCAAGGAGCCGAUGAAUAUGCUGAACGACUGGCUUUGGCGUAUGAAUGUCGGUUGGAUAUCAAAAUAGGCCCCAAUCAUCCCAGAGCUAAAUGUCUUAGUCCCAUUCAACCCACUGAAGCCGAUCUUUAUCAUACUCGUGAAUCCAUCAAACGAGCCAACCAAACGCUUCAGCGUAAAAGUCCUAUUGGUACAGCUACUUAUUUUGAAGAAUUAAUGGUUAGAAAUUAUUUUAUUGCUAGACAAUCUUAUGCUUUGUAUGCCUUUGGGUACUUAGACGCUAACAGGACAACGGUCCAAGGAGGCACCGGAUGGACCGUUCAACUGGCUUUGGAUAUGGGGAAACGCGUGUACCUGUUUGACUUGACGGACAACCAGUGGUAUGAGUUUAUCUAUUAUCAUCUACAAAAGGGUUCGUAUGUGAAAAAAUGUCAGUUUCAACUCUUGAAAAGUGCUUGUUCUCUCACUCUCUAUAAUCAUGUGGGGAUUGUAGGAUCGAGACAUUUUACAGAACAAGGUAAAAAGGAGAUGAGACAUCUUUUUCGACGUACCUUUUUAAGAUGAACAACAACAACAAGAAAGUUGAUUUUUGUCCACAAGUCGAGGUGUAUCAACCCAUGGGGCAAACCAUCCUGUUAAAAAAACAGGCUUUACGAGAUGAAUCCCCCAAUCCGGUGAUCUCCUUUUUUCAACAAAGACGUAUAAAACUACGACAACUCAUGCAUGAACGUCAUUUGGUCAGAAAAAGUCGACGCGCAGAACGCGCUCAAGCGAAUGAAAGAUUAUUACAAGAAUCUUCGUCAGAGUGAUUUCCCUUCGUGGGACGAUUACAUGGUAAAAAGAGUUCAACAAGGACUGGAAGCAGGGUAUACGUUUCAAGAGUGUUACGAGCAUUGGCUACAAGAUUUUUCCGAUACUUUGCAUCGAUUGAGUGACGAACUCCAUGGACAAACUACUGAGCCAGCAUCCACUCAGUAAUUAUUCGACUUACAAAGAGUUUAUUCGUGAUUUGAUUCAAGAUGCUGUUUCUAAACAAGAAUACACCUUUGAACAAUUAAAUUACGAAUUGUAUCGGCUAAACACUCAAAUCUAUCAAGAGUUCACCCACGAGCUGAUUACUACUCAUGUAUAUACUUCAAGAUAAAAAUUUACAAGAUAAACUCUCGACCACUGGUUGGGCCAGAGAUUGGGUGUGGAGUGUGGCUUAUGCGAUGAUUCAAAAAUUUGGUAUGGAUAAAAAUAUACACUUAAUCCCUCCUAGUGUGGAAGCCUGGAGUAAACAAUGGUAUACUUACAGAAGUCAACUUGCAGAUACUCUGAUGGAACUGUUACCCCAACUCGCCUUUCAUGACAUUCAUGAAGAAUGGCAAUGGAAAAUGGUGGAAAAACAACAUCCCAGUCCGCCAGAAUGGGGAGGCAACAUGGAUUUUUGUUGGAAUUUUAUGAGACCCAAAGAUUCUGUCAUUGAAGCUUUAUUGUGUUUAUUUUCUUUCAAUUUAAACAAAUAUGGUACCUAUGAUUAUGAAUUCUUGGGAUUCACACAUAACGAUAUUGAUCAAUUAUUUCAUUGGCAACGAGAUAUUCAAUAAAACACCUUGUCGAAGUGAAUGUAUUGCGUGUUGUUUUUUUAAUGGUACAAAACGGGAACCUCCUCACAUGCAUUCCUUUCAGCCACAUAAAAGAAAUCCUUUCCAUUCGCACUACAUGAUAAAACUUUUGCAUUUUUUUUUUUGAAAAUCAACGCAGAUUCUAAAAGAGAAAUCGGUCGAUGUCUCUUUCCCGAUCGACCGCCAUUUUGUUUUCUUCUAGGAAAUGCGUACAUUUUUUUUAAUGAUUGUUUGCUUGUUGGGAAGAAAAAACCACCGAGUUGUACUGAUUUACUAAACGUGAUCAUGUUUCACAUGGAAAAAGAAGAAACCAAACUCAUCUCGCAUAACUCAAGUUUUCCUUCUCCGUGCGUGAAUUGAACUCCCAUCUCUCCGUGUAACUCCACAUGGUGCAAUACGGGGCAAUCGAGAGUCGCCAGUUCAAUUCACGCAUGGUGUAGGAAAAAAACUUAAGUACAUGCGAGCCUGGACUUGCGGUCCGAGUUGAUAUAUACAUGGUCGAGUGAAAGGGAACGCGCGCAAACUAUUGACGACUUAAAUUUACCUAGGUUAUCUUAGCUUAUCCGUAGUAGUGUAGGUGAGAUCGCGCGCGCAGUGAAUACAGAUCCAGAGGUCAUGAGUUCGAGCCCGACCUGAAACUUCUUUCUUCUUCUUCUUCAUCUUCUGUCUUUAAAAAGUAAAAAAAAAAAAAAAAAAAAAAAACUAAGAACAAAAAAAUUCUAAAAUCAAAGAAAAACAAAAAACUCUAAGAAAAAAACAAAAUCUAGAAACCAAGAAAAAAAAAAACCUAGAAAAAGAAAAAUCCUAGAAGAACAAAAAGACAUUCACGUGUGACAGGUGUCAAUCAUGACGUCAAUGACAGGAACCAAUCAGUGAGCAGCCUCGUUUUGAGAAGCCAAUGAGAAGAUGUGAGUCAAAAUGACGUCAAAAGAAAUGGGGUAUAUAACAGAGUGCACAGCCUCAUUUUCAUCACUUUUUCAAGAUGGACGCAGUCCUUGAAAACUUUUUGUAAGUAGACAAAAAAUGAAAAGAUACAGGGAAGAGUUGUCUUCCGACGAAGAUGAUGAGCUUGUAGCUAAAGCAAUGGAGGAGUGGGAGAGAAACGGACAAGUGACAGGUACUGGUCCACUGUUGGAAUACACGUGGAGUUCCGACGAAGAUGAUGAGCUUCUAGCUAACGCAAUGGAGGAGUGGGAGAGAAAGGGACAAGUGACAGGUACUGGUCCCCUGUUGGAAUACACGUGGAGUUCCGACGAAGAUGAUGAGCUUCUACCUAACGCAAUGGAGGAGUGGGAGAGAAAGGGACAAGUGGGUGGAGGUGCUGCUGCUGCUUCUGCUGCUCCCCUGUUCGCGUUUCAGAUGGAUAUAGUUGGCCCUCGAAAAAAUUGGAAAAAUGUGGUCAACCAAACGCAGUUUCGCGCCCAACUGAAGCAACUAAGAGAUCCAAUCGACGGAGAUGAUAUUGGGGUGGAAAUAACGAACGCCUUACACGCAGCCAUCGAGGCAGAAUUGAGAAGGGAAAAAAGAAAUGCCAACGAUUUUGUCAAUUUCAGUAUUACAGCGCAAGGGUUCAACCACUCAUAUCAGAGUGUGAAUUUUACAGUGCAAGAAUUUUUAACAAAUUCGGUGCGUUUGCACGAAGUUUUGGAACAGUUGGCAGGAAAAUUAAAUAGUAACGAGUCCUUUCAGCACAAUCAGUCAUUUGAAGUCAAUGUCGUAAUGGUCAAGACACCGCAACGUGGUAGUGGAAAAAAAUACAGAAACCCGGGUCAGCGAUGUAUAGAUAAUGAGAACAAGAAAAAAAGAUGCAUCAUUCCUAUCAGAAAUGAUGACGAACUAUGUUGCCCCAGAGCAAUCGCGACCAUGAUUGCUCAUUGCAGACGAGAGGAGUCCAAUGAUGCCUCAUUUCAUUGGCGCUAUAUGAAAGAGGGAAAGGCGGUUCAAGAACAAGCCGCUCGUGAACUUUGCCAACAAGCUGGCGUAAAGCCAGGACCGUGUGGAUUGCAGGAACUGCAAAAGUUCCAAGACUAUUUGCAACCAGAGUAUCAGCUGUUAGUGAUGAAUAGGGCAAAUUCCUUUUUUCUGCUUUUUAAGGGUCCGCCUGCCUCAAAGAAAAUUUGCUUAAUACAGUCAGAUGAUCAUUACGAUGGCUGCACAUCGUUCUCAGCCUUUCAAAACAGGUCUUACUGGUGCUCUCUCUGUGAAAAGGGAUACAAUGUGAACGAUGCGAAGAACCACCCGUGUGAAGGUAGAUCAUGCCAUUCAUGUAACCGAACAGAUUGUACAGAUUAUAAAAGAAAUAGCCAACCCACCUUGAUCUGUGAUUGCUGCCAUUGUCGCUUUUAUGGAGCCAAUUGUUUUCAGCAUCACCUCCAAACUAAGCAAUGUCAGUCACACAAGACGUGUCUGAAAUGCUUUGCCGAAUAUAAUGUGAUAAAAGGCAAGCGUCAUCGGUGUAGGUUUGCCGCUUGCCCAUCUUGCAAGCAAGUGGUGGACAUACAAAAUCACAAGUGCUUUAUACAGCCUCACGUAGAGAAAGAAUCCCAACCCAAAAUGGAUAAAGAAGGGAACGAAAAACAGCCACUACCUCCACCCUUAUUCGUAUGGGCAGAUAUAGAGGCCAUGCAAUUGCCCAACCGAGAAUUUCAGCCAAACAUGUUGUGCUACAGGACCAGUGAAAUGGAGAACAUUGUCACCCACAAAGGGAAGGAUUGUGUUUGUACGUUUCUGCAUGACUUGGACGAAGCCACGGACAUACCAAAUGAUGACCGUGAUAGACCAAUCAUUAUCAUUUUCCAUAACCUCAAGGGGUUUGACGGUGUAUUUCUUAUCAAUGAACUGUACAAACAAAAGCGUACCGUCGAAAAUCAGUUAACCACCGGUUGCAAAGUGCUGGCAUUUCAGAGCGGGUCCCUUAUGUUCAAAGACUCCUUGUGUUUUCUACCAUUUCCGCUAGCUGACUUUCCGACCACUUUUAACUUAACCGAGUUAAAGAAAGGAUUUUUUCCCCAUCAAUUUAAUUUGCCCCAUCAUAAAGAGUAUGUGGGCCAAAUACCCAGCAUAGAGUUUUUCGACCCUGAAGGAAUGUCUGACAAGAAAAAGAAUGAGCUAGAACGUUGGCAUGAGGAGCAAGUGAAACGUGCAGUGCAAUAUGACUUUGCAAAAGAAAUGGAAGAGUAUUGUCGCUCUGAUGUUGCGCUCCUGCAAGCAGGCUGCCAAGCCUUUGCAAAAGAAUUUGAGAGUAACGCAGGGUUCAACCCCUUUGAAAAAUGUGUCACCAUUGCGUCAGCCUGUCAUCUCUACUGGCGCAAGCAUUGUUUAGAAGAAAAAACGAUAGCAAUAGAGCCGUUGAGAGGGUGGCGGGGGGCCAAUGUCAACAAUUCCACAAAAGCAUUACAGUGGCUUUACUAUGAGGAAGAUCGUAUCCCAAACAAAGGUGCCAGUGCAGAUCAUAUUAAACAUGUGCGAAAUGGAGGGGAACAGUGUGUCACGACGUCCACAGAUUCCUACUUUGUAGACGGAUUCAAUCCUGCAACCAACACCGUUUAUGAGUUCAAUGGCUGUUUUUGGCACGGCUGCAGGACCUGCUAUAGCAACAAUCGACACUGUAAGCAUGCCACCAAUCCCGACCGAACAAUGGAGGAAUUGUUCAGAGCCACUAUGGCUAAGGAAGAAGCACUCAGAACAGCAGGCUAUAAAGUGAAUGUGAUGUGGGAAUGUCAGUGGGAUGAAUUAUGCAAGACCAAUCCUUUUGUCAAGAACUUCGUAUCCACGCUGUCUUUGGUGGAACCUCUGCAACCUCGACAAGCGUUCUUUGGGGGCAGGACUGGCGCGGUAGCGCUCCAUGCUGUGGCAGAGGAGGGGGAGGAAAUACGCUAUGUUGAUGUGACCUCCCUCUACCCGUGGGUGAAUAAAAAUGCCACUUACCCCAUAGGUCAUCCCUCGAUCUUCACCAACCCGCGCAGUCAAGACAUCGAAGAUUAUUUUGGGCUGGCAACCAUAGAUAUUGUACCACCCGCGGAUUUAUUCCACCCAGUGUUGCCCGUCAGAAGUAACAAAAAACUAACCUUCCCUCUAUGUUCCACCUGUGUAAAGAUUGAACAAUCUAAUGCUAUGCUGUUGAGAAGUAGUAGUUGUUCUCACACACCCGAAGAAAGAACAUUAAGAGGGACAUGGACAACGCCGGAAAUCCAGAAAGCGGUUGCAAAGGGCUACAAAGUAGUCAAAAUUUAUGAAGUGUGGCAUUUUCCAAAACACCAGCGACGAGAGGGAUUGUUUGCACAAUAUGUAAACACAUUUCUAAAGCUGAAACAAGAGGCCAGCGGUUGGCCUAACGAAGUAGGAGAUGACGCUGAAAAACGUCAAGAUUACAUUGCCAAUUAUCUCCGACAUGAGAACAUUCAAUUAGACCCGGAGAAGAUUGAGAAAAAUCCAGGCAAACGAUCCACCGCAAAAUUGACGAUGAAUUCAUUUUGGGGCAAAUUUGGCGAAAGGCCAAAUAAGCCAAAGACCGUCACAAUAACUCAACCGUCGCAGCUGUACCCCUAUUUGUUCAUGCACAAUUUUUCAUUGCACAAUCUGCGCAUCUGCACUGAUGAUGUACUCGAAGCCGUAUUUACUGAAGUGCAAGAAAAUGUAGUGCCAAGCAACAAAACAAACAUUUUCAUCGCAUCGUUUACGACUGCUUGGGCCAGACUCAAACUGUACGAAGCCUUGGACGUACUGCAAGAGAGAGUAUUAUAUUACGACACGGACUCAGUAAUAUAUAGGUGGAAACCUGGACAGCCCUCUAUUCCUACAGGAGACUACUUGGGCCAAAUGACGGAUGAGUUACAAGGGGACUUUAUUACCGAGUUUAUAUCCCGGGGCGCAAAGAACUAUGGGUACAGAACUAAAGAAGGCAAAAGUGAAUGCAAAGUCAGAGGGUUCACCCUGAAUGUGAGAGGAAAAGAGGCCCUCAAUUUCAACACAAUGAAAAAAAACAUUCUAAGCGAACUUAACGAUCCACAGGAAGAAAGACGUGUUAUCAAAGUAACCAAUCCAAACCAUUUCAAAAGAGACACCACGCACAAGUCAAUCAAGCUUGUAAACCAAGUAAAGCAAUAUGGACUGGUAUUUGACAAGCGGGUGAUUGACCCGAAAACUAAAAUUAGCUACCCCUUUGGGUACAGAGUGUUAACUGAACCCGAUAAACAGUGAACUUUUAUUAGAGCUGUAAAAAAAGAAUUCUUGACAGCAAUCGAACCUGCGUUCACCACAGGACGAGCGCGCUCACAGCCAUUUUUAACUUUUAAAACAAAUGGGCGUAACGUCACUAGGACGUUGCACACGUCCCUCUUGUAACUAAGGUCUUCUCGAGAUUGUAUUAAAUCCAAAAGUGAUUUUUUAUUGACAAUUACAGUGUGUUAUUUUCUCGACUUCUGGUAGCACAGCCACUUCCGGGGACUGGGGACUAGUUAAGGGAGAUGGGUCACGUGACCCGGUGACGUCAUAGAUUGAGACACUUCUGCUAGUAGGCAAUCACCCUUCAGCUGUCAUAACGUCACAACAAUCGCAUCGCAUCAUCACAGAGAUUUUUCGUGACUCUUACAUGAAGUACCAUCUAAUUUUAGUUAGUUUUAUGAUGUCAUUGAAAUGCUGGCUUCUGAUUGGUCGAGAGCAGUCACGUGACCUAAAUACUCGAUUCUGAUUGGCUCUGGGUUAUAUCAACCAGCAUUACUACUAACAAAAAAAGUGGAAUAAUAAGUAUAAACAAACAACAACCACAACUAAAAUACGUCUCAGCUCGCGGUCUAAUCUAAAAUGUUUUCAGUGGGGACUGCUUUAUCUUGCAGAAAUUUUGCCAGAAAUCUCCCUUUACAAAACUGUCGAGCCGUACCAUGUACUCAAAGAUAGAUUUCACGAAAAGUAAGUUUUUGGCGCUAAAAUCGGAACUGCAGUUCAUCUCAUUUGACGAUGGCCGACGCGGCAGACACUGAAAUUCGUCUGCAAAGUGAGAAGCAAUUUUCUCUUAUCUUGAUUUUCGCCCUUAUUUUGAAGCUAGCGGUCUAAAUCGCUCUCAUUUUAAAAAUUCUCUUUAGAGCACUUCUGCAGUCGAAAUUCAAGUCAAAAACCAUUUCUUGACCGCUAGAAGGGUCGAACACAAAACAACCGGUACAUUUUUUUUGUCGCUAUUUCUCUGCUGGGCAACUGCGGACACCAGCCAAACAGAUGGGAACAUUUAUUACGAGACGGUGUUAGUUGGUGUUCACUUCUCGUUCAGCGAUCCAUGUAUGAUUCACGCGCGAGGUUAAUUUCGACAAAUUUACUAGAAAUACCGUGUAUUGCGGAACCUCGUGAGUUUAGGUUUAGGGUGAGCAGUGAAAGAGAAAAGCAAAAACAAACAGAAAUAAAACAAAGAACAACAAUUUUAAAAGGUAGAUUUCAGGCAAAACUUGUCUGUGAACUGAGAUGCACUGGCAAAUAUUCAUUUACCUCGACUUUCUUUUUGAAGCUACUGGUCCAAAUUGCUUAAAUGCUCUCUGUACAAUACUUCUGCAUCGAACUGUAACGAUAAAUGCAUUUCUUGAUCGCCGAUAAAACUCAAACCGCAAGGCCUUCGGCCUCGCUACUUGAGGAACAGCUGGCGGGAUUAGCGGGCGAGUGCUGUAUUGUUUUGCCAGUGGGGCUGCGAGAAGAUUGGGAACAAGUCAAAUUGAUAGCUGGUGUAGCCGCACGCACUUGCACGGGAUUAGCGGGCGAGUGCUGCCAAGAAACAACCCCGUACAUAACAAUCCCGCCAGCUACACAGGCUAAGCAAUUCUUUGAUUUACACACGGUAUGUAUCGAUACAAAUGCGCCAUGCAAGUAUGGCGUUUUGUUUUGUAUUUUUUGUAUUUGUUGUUGUUGUUGUUGUUGUCGUUUUGCGAUUUAAUCAACAUAGAGCGGCUUAUACUUAUCCUGGUUUACAAAUAACUAGGAAAUAAAAUAUUAAGCUAGAUUACUUGACAGAAGUUAUGUUUGGUAGUUUAUUAAAGAGAGAGCUUUAUUCUUAUUGUCAUAAAUAACGUUUUACGCCCACGUGGCCUUCGAAGUUAAGCUUUUCUCGUUUUUAUCAAGGUGGGAGCGCAACGAAUUUAAAUGGAGUUGCUGUCUGGCUGAAUAAUCGAGUUCUUGCACCAGGAUAUUAUUGGAAGGCUGUGUGUGACCCAAUCAACAAGCAAUCCAUUUUUUUUUUCGCUGAAAACAACGUUGGUAACGUGGAUGAUGUGCAAGAAAAGGGUUGCUUCAAAAUAACACAAACCAAGAAAUAUGGUGUAAUAAAGUGCGACAGUAUCUCAAACGCCAAGGGGGAUAUAGCAAAAAAAUUUGGCUACUUGCCAAAUUUUAACCAAAAGAAUUGCGAACCUGAUAAAGUAGGUAGUAAAUUCAUGGAAUAUGUCAUGACUCAGUAUAACCGUUUUAUGUAA